UGUUUGAUCCUGUCUUCUCUGAUCCUCCCCUUCUACUACUGUCACCAAUCCAUCUGCUGAUAGUACAGAGCUCUAAGAGUCACUCUGCACAUGCUCAGUUUGGUGAGUAUUUCUAGAGAGAGUGCAUGUAAUCAGCACAGGGCCAAUCUGCACUAUCCAGACAGAGGGUCAGGGGUUCUGCAUCCUCCUAGAGCAGAAAGAAAACUCCUCCUACAAGCUGUAACCAGUGCUCUGCUGGACACUGAUAGAAGUCACAAGACUGCUCUAACUGCUGAUGGGAAAAGGGAUUUAGCAGUUUAUAUUUACUAA